AUGAAUACCGAAUCAGACAAAGAUCGAUUCUUGAAGGAGUUUGGGGACGAUUAUGGUUAUCCAAAGGCUCCUAAGAACAUCGAUGAAAUAAGAGCCACCGAAUUUAAAAGAUUGGAUGGUACGGUGUACUUGGAUCAUGCUGGGGCAUCUUUGUACUCUGAGUUGCAGAUGGAAGCGAUUCUUAAAGAUCUUACAACUAAUGUUUACGGAAAUCCUCAUAGCCAAACUGAUUCCAGCUUGGCCACAAGCAAUAUUGUAGGGGAAGCUCGCCAACAGGUCCUUAAUUUUUGUAAUGCAUCUCCGUGGGAGUACAAAUGCAUUUUUACUUCUGGGGCAACAGCGGCAUUAAAACUUGUUGGAGAGACCUUUCCUUGGAGCAGUCAGAGCAGUUUUAUGUAUACAAUGGAGAAUCACAACAGUGUCCUUGGGAUCAGAGAAUAUGCACUCAGUCAAGGGGCUGCAGCCAUUGCAGUGGAUAUUGAAGAGGCUGCACAUGAUAGUGGAUCAACAAACCCUGCAUCUUCGCAUAAGGUUUUACAGCACCAAAUGCAAAGGAGAAGUGAAGCUAGAGUAGUGGACGAAGAGCUUAUUGGGGAUGCUUACAACUUAUUUGCCUUUCCUUCAGAGUGCAAUUUCUCAGGUGUGAGAUUCAACCUCGAUCUGGUGAAGGUUAUUAAGCAAGAUUCAGAGAGAAUUUUGGAAGGCUCGUCAUAUUGCAAGGGGUGCUGGAUGGUUCUGAUUGAUGCUGCAAAAGGAUCUGCAACAGAACCACCAGAUUUAUCGAAGUACAAAGCAGAUUUUGUUGUAAUCUCUUUUUAUAAGCUAUUUGGCUAUCCAACCGGACUUGGAGCCCUCAUUGUUCGAAAUGAAGCUGCCAAGUUACUGAAGAAAACUUACUUUAGUGGAGGCACUGUGGCUGCAUCCAUAGCUGAUAUUGACUUUGUAAAACAAAGAGAAGGUGCUGAGGAACUUUUUGAGGAUGGCACCCUAUCAUUCUUGAGCAUAGCAUCUAUUCACCAUGGGUUUAAAAUACUCAAUACAUUAACCAUAUCUGCAAUAUCCCGGCAUACAGCAUCACUUGCAACAUAUGUGAGGAGUAUGCUUUCAUCGUUAACUUAUGAAAAUGGGGACAGCAUCUGCACACUUUAUGGAGUACCGAAGUCAAAGCUGUUAUGUAAGGAAAUGGGUCCAAUAGUUUCAUUCAACUUGACAAGACCAGAUGGGUCUUGGUUUGGCUACCGUGAGGUGGAAAAGUUGGCUUCUUUAUCUGGGAUUCAGUUACGGACAGGAUGCUUCUGCAAUCCUGGUGCAUGUGCAAAGUAUCUUCGUUUGUCUCACGGGGAUCUUCUUUCCAACAUUGAGGCUGGGCAUAUUUGCUGGGAUGAUAAUGAUAUAUUACAUGGAAAACCUACCGGAGCUGUUAGAGUAUCCUUUGGUUAUAUGUCAACCUUUGAAGAAGCAAGGAAAUUUCUGAAUUUCAUAGAGAGAUCCUUUGUGUUAUCACUUUCUCAUUCUCCUUUGAGAACAAAGUACAUACACCUUCCGACUGAAGGUUUUGAAAGGGCACCUUCAAGAUACUAUCUUAGGUCAAUUACAGUCUAUCCAAUAAAGUCGUGUGCUGGAUUCAAAGUGGACAGUUGGCCUUUAAGCAGUACUGGGCUGCUAUACGAUCGAGAAUGGCUUCUCAAAAGUAUGAGUGGUGAAAUCCUUACCCAAAAGAAGAUUCCAGAAAUGUGCUAUAUUAGUACAUUGAUCGACCUCAAUUUGGGAAUUCUCUUUGUAGAGUCACCUCGUUGCAAAGAGAAACUGCAGAUUAGUCUCAAUUCUGAUUUAUUUAUGUCCGCAAGAGAUGGAAUGGAUCUGCAUGUUGACAGAUAUGAAGUCCAGGGUUAUGAUAAUGAAGUCAACAUGUGGUUUAGCAAUGCUGUUGGUCGGCCUUGCACUUUGUUAAGAGGUUCUGGGUCCACAUGCUAUUUCUGCUUGAACAGUAAGAGAGGUGUAGGGAUGUGCAGAGAUGUCAAGACCAGAUUGAAUUUUGUCAAUGAAGCUCAGUUUUUGCUGAUAACCGAGGAAAGUGUGUCUGACCUCAACAAUAGAUUAUACUCAAAUCUCCCGAGAGACUCCCAUGGACCGCCAAUUCAAGUUAAUUCAAUGAGAUUCCGUCCCAACCUUGUCAUUUCUGGUGGCGAACCUUAUGCAGAAGAUGGAUGGGGAAUUCUUAGAAUUGGAAACAACAAUUUCACUUCAUUGGGUGGUUGCAACCGUUGCCAGAUGAUCAAUUUGAUACCUCAAGGGGGAGAGGUGCGGAAAGCAAACGAGCCUUUGGCUACUUUAGCAGCUUACAGGAGAACUAAGGGGAAAAUACUUUUUGGGAUUCUUCUGAGAUAUGAGGAUGGCAAUUCAGUUGGGCAGGACACAAAUUCAUGGCUUCAGGUGGGACAAGAAGUAUAUCCAGAUGCAGAUUAGUUUUGAGGAUAUUCUUAUAAUUGCCUUCUUGAAAUGUGAUAAGAAACCAAACAAGGAUAGACAAUAUUACAGUCAUGCAGAGGAAGGGAGAAAUAAAGCACGACUACUGUAGAAAACAAACAUCUUAGUAAUGAAACCUCCUUAGAGAGUGGGCUGCACUUCCCGCAUGGUGACAUAGAAGAGCGCUAGGAGCCGUGAAAUAGAUGAAUGAAUCAUAGUUGAAUAU